GUCCUCUCACGGCACUAAGAAAUUGGUCUCCAUCAUCGGCGCGCGCCACACCACAUUCCAUCUCUACCACCACCGAUCGACCAAGCUCAUCUACUCGAUGAUGCUCCGGAGUCCGGUCGCCAUGCGGGCCACGGCCACUUCCACCCGCCCCGCCGCCACCAAAUUCUUACUCACCGUCGUCGUCGUCCUCUCCUUGGCCCUGGCCACGUACGCCGUGCCGCUCAGCCGGCCGACCUGCGUGCCCGAGGAGCGGGACGCGCUGCUAUCCUUCAAGGAAGGCGUCACCAGCGACCCCGGAGGGCUCCUCACCUCCUGGCGACGAGGAUCAGACUGCUGCCGGUGGCGGCAUGUCCGGUGCAGCAACCAGACGGGCCGCGUGGUCGCGCUUAGCCUCCGGAACGCGCCGGGCGGGGCCGAGCUCGACGACAGAGGGAACGACGAGGGGGCGCUCGUCGGCCGGAUAAGCCCCUCGCUCCUCUCCCUCUCGCGGCUGCGGCACCUGGACCUCAGCCGGAACUACCUCGAGGGCUCCCCCGACGCCGCCCUACCGGCGUUCUUGGGCGGCCUCCGGAGCCUGCGCUACCUCAACCUCUCCGGCAUCUACUUCUCCGGCGAGGUCCCGCCGCAGCUGGGAAACCUCUCGAGGCUGCGCUCCCUUGACCUCUCAAGCGACUUCGGCACGCAGCUGUUGCGCUCGUCAGACCUCUCGUGGCUGGCGCGUCUGCCGUUGCUGCGGCACCUCAGCCUGAGCUCGAUCGACAUGAGCAGAGCACCGGACUGGCCUCGGGCGGUGAGCAUGCUCCCUUCACUCAAAACUCUCUAUCUCUCUUCCUGCUCGCUUCCAAGCACGAACCACUGGAAACUUCCGGCGGCAGGCUUGCGUAACCUCACAAAUCUUGAGGAGCUGGAUCUCUCCAUGAACCACCUCAACCACCCGGCCGCAUACUCCUGGUUCUGGAACGUGACAAGCCUCACUCACAUCAACCUCAUGGGAACCUUCCUGUCCGGGCAGCUCCCUAAUGCACUGGACGCCAUGGUGUCCCUUGAGAUUCUUGAUUUCUCAUAUAAUGGAAACAUGGCCACCAUGCCAAGAAGCUUGAGAAACCUCUGCAACCUGAGGUACUUAGACCUCGAGUCGAGCCUCGUAGGCGGCCAGGACAUUGUCAAGCUGAUGGAAAGCCUGCCGCAGGGAUGCCCAUCCAACAGGUUGCAACAAUUGUACCUAGCAAACAAUGGAAUAGGACACUUCGCUAGAUUAAGCACUCUAGACCUUCGUGGCAACUACCUCACUGGACAUGUCCCGCCUCAGCUUGGUAUGCUCUCUAAUCUAACUUACCUGGACAUUAGUCUCAAUGAUCUUCAUGGUGUGCUCACGGAGGAGCACUUUGCUAAAAUGGCCAGUUUAGAGACAUUGGACCUAUCGCAGAAUCCCCUACUCAAGAUUCACGUGGAUUCAGAAUGGAAGACUCCCUUCAAGCUUAGAGAUGCAAAUUUUUCGUUGUGCAUCAUGGGUCCCCUUUUUCCUGCCUGGCUCCAGUGGCAGGUGAAUCUUACUUACCUUGACAUCUCAAGCUCAGGUAUAACUGAUAAGCUCCCGGACUGGUUCACCAUUGCAUUUUCAACAAUGGAUUUUCUGGAUAUGUCCAAUAAUUCAAUAUAUGGCGAGUUGCCGGAAAAUAUGGAGGACAUGUCAUUGACACAAUUCUUUCUCGAUUCCAAUAGACUUACUGGGCCCAUACCAAGUCUACCAAGGAAUAUCAUCUACUUGGAUAUCUCCAUGAACUCUUUAUCAGGGCCUUUCCCAUCCAAUCUUGGAGCUCCGGGACUAGAAAUGCUGCUUAUGUUCUCGAAUGGCAUCGUGGGUCAUCUUCCCGAAUCAAUCUGCCAUUCACAGAAGUUGAUAGUCUUAGACUUAGCAAACAACCUUCUCGUUGGAGAACUACCUUCAUGUUCUAGAAUGGAAUCCUUGAGGUACCUGCUGUUAAGUAACAAUAGCUUCUCUGGACCAUUCCCACCAUUUGUACAGAGCUGCAAAAAUUUGGGUUUCUUGGAUCUUGCAUGGAAUAACUUAUCCGGAACAUUGCCGACGUGGAUUGGCAACUUGGUGCAACUGCAAUUUGUACGGUUGAGUUAUAACAUGUUCUCUGGGAAGAUCCCGGUCAUCAUCACAAAACUCAAGUUCCUUCAUCAUUUGAAUCUAGCAGGAAAUAAUAUAUCCGGAUCCAUCCCACUGGGUAUGUCAAACCUAACAGCAAUGACACGGAUGGCGGUAAGGAUUGGCUCGUUUCCUUAUCAGGCGUAUGCAAAUGCGGCGGGUGAAGGUGGAAAUAGCUUGUCCGUUGUUACCAAGGGGCAAGAACUUAAGUAUGGUGUAGGAAUUUUGGAUAUGGUGAGCAUUGACUUAUCCUUCAACGGGUUAACUGGGAUAAUUCCAGAGGAAAUUGCUUCUCUUGACGCACUGUUAAACAUAAAUGUGUCUUGGAAUCGCCUGAGCGGUUAUCUACAGGGCCACCGCUUGGAUCAGUAUGUGGUCGUUACUCAGUCCUGGAAGCAUGAGAGGCUUUGGUUACGGGGUUUGCCCGAUGUGAGAUGGUAG